AUGGCUUGGGGUAUGGGCGGCACCACGGACUGGGCGACAGACUUACAGGAAUACCACGACCUCGCCGCGAGCGGGUUGGCUCCCAAGUCGGAUUUUACGCGUAAUAGCAACUGGACCGAGUUCGACUGCACGCACAUAUACGCGACGGACCAGCUUCACCGUGACGUCGAUGAGCUCUGGCUGGGUCUCGGCGCCGACGCGGCGUGGGAGGACGUUGUGAGAAUUUGGGAGGAUAUAGAUAGUGGCUAUAGCAACACCUCGCUCCUCAGCUCGGUGCACGCCACGCUCAAGAUCGAGACCGGGGCGUUGGACUGCGGCAGCCUCCUGGGCGUCGAAUGUAAUACUGACGGUUGCUCCAAGGGCAUGGACGGCGAUUCCUCGGGACCAGCGGCGCAGCUGAUCUGGAUUUCGCUCGUCAUCACCCGGAAUAUCCGCGACAAGCAUCAUUAUGCUCUGUACAAGGCCGCUCCAGGCGUCGCCGCGCUCAAUGACAUGGAGAACACGUUUGCGCCGAUCCCGCCUGAGGAGAACGAUACCUGGCUGCUCCUCAUCGAUCUCAUCACUCUCGGAACUCUAUCCGCCGCUGACCUGCUGCCCAACCAGGGCGAACCAGACUGGAAGUUCGAGGACCAGGACAAGCUCUCCAACUACAUGGGCCAAUUCAUCGAUGACUGGGCCAAUGCCACCUCCCUUACCCUCAAAAGCGUCUUUGACGGCACCCCCGACUCGGUCAGCCUACUAGGCAAGGCCAUCGCCGACGGCAAGCUGUACCCCAAGGACGUCAGCCCGGACCCGGGAUCUAACGAGCUGCUACAAAACGUUCGAAAGUCCAUCUUCGGCUGCGCCAUCCCCGCAAUUUGGCACGCCUCGAGCGCGUGGGCGUUCGUCAUCAACUCGGGCUACGGCUGCGACGCGUCCAACCCGCUCGACGACUACCUCUCUGAUGACACAGUGAAGACCACGGGCGCCCCGGACGGCGACGCUUAUGAAUGCUUCGAUGGCGGAUGCCUGGACAAUAAGUUCUCGGCGCCCAAGGGCGUGGGCAAGCCAGGCGACAGCUUUGACGGUGUCACGAAAGAGGACCUGAUUGCUGGCGCUGUGCGUACGUAUUUGGCCAAAAUCGACGACAAGGGCGUGCAGGACGACCUCCUGGACGUGGACGUCACGACGCCAGGCUUCAUUCGCAUCUUCGUCUGCGGCGCUGAGCGCGCGUUCCAGAUAUGGGAAGGGACGACAAAGGACGUGGCAAGAGGCUUCGCCGAGAACUAUCCAUGCGACGAGCCGCCGGGCAGAGACAACUGCGGCGUGUCGUCAAUUGAGGACCAAACGAGCGACGCGUCGCCGGGCGCGAGCGAUUGUCGGCAGAUUAUCAAGAACAUUGAGGCCGACGGAAGCACCGACUGGACGAUUCAGGUCUUGGGGAGGAACCGGCGCGAGAUUGCCAAGUUUGGCGGGUGUUCCUUUGGUGUUGGGGCGACCAAGGUUGAUGGAAACGUCGACUUCACUGUCGGUGGGCAGGAUGUGAUCGAUAUCAUCAACAAUGCGAUUGAAAACUUUGAGAAUAAUGAUGGACAGGUGGGAGCCAAGGGAGACAUGGAUUGUAACGGGAACGUUCAUCAACAGGCGGUGAAAUGCGGCAUUUACUUAGCUUGCCAGGACUUGGAUGAUGGAUAUAGGGUCUGAGUGCUGGCUGUAGUA